CCCACCCCCUUCCACCCAUUGCCCCGCCUUAGUCCGCCGGCUGCUCUGUGACCAACACGCCGCUACCUUCGCCCGGGUUCGAACUCGGCGCUUCGUGGUGCCGCUCGUUGGAUUCCGGCAGCUGCGGGAGAAAGCCGUCGCCGCGGGUGACGAAGGCAAAGAUGUCGAUGCUCGCCGAGCCACGCAGGAAGCAGAAGUGGUCGGUGGACCCCAGGAACACCACGUGGGUCAAUGACAACAGCAAAUUCGGGCAGAAGAUGCUGGAGAAGAUGGGAUGGAGUUCAGGCAAGGGCCUUGGGGCAAAUGAGCAAGGUUCCACCAACCACAUCAAAGUGAACGUCAAGAACAACAACCUAGGGGUGGGAGCCGCCGUUAACCAAGAGGACAAGUGGAUCGCGCACCAGGACGACUUCAAUCAGCUUCUGGCCGAUCUCAAUGACCAGCACGGGCAGCAAGAGGCCACGGAACAAGUGCAGAAAGCCGCCUUCAGCCUGGAGGAGAAGUCAAAGCGAUCCCGAAAGCGCGUGCAUUACGUGAAGUUUGCGAAAGGCAAGGACCUGUCCACGCGCAGCGCUGACGACCUGGCAUGCGUCUUCGGAAAGCGAGCGAAGAAAUCCCACGGGGAGACAGAGCGGGACGCCCCGGCCUCCGUGCAGGAGCCAUGUGCGCAGAGCGAGGAAGAGCAGUGCGUCUCGGAGUCUCCGUCGCCACCGCCCGUGGAGCCGGAGGCGGACGACGGGCUGCGCACGACCACCAGCGCGCUCUCCGUGCAGGAGUACUUCGCCAGGAAGAUGGCGGACGCCCGGCGCGGCGCUGCGGCGGCGGCGGCUAGCGUCGGCCGUGGAGGACGGGCACAGCAGAGCGACGAAGGGCAGGACGAGCCGGGUCGGUAGAAAGAGGAUGACGGCGGAUGACGAGCCGGGCGGGGAGGAAGGCGAUCCGCGGGCCCUGCAGCCUGCCCGAAGGCGAGGACGAUGGCCCCGAGUUAGGGGAGGAUGCCGCGGUUAGCGUGCGCGAGAAGAAAAAGAGGAAGAAGGACAAGAAGAGACGGAGGAGGGAGGAGGUGGAGGAGGUGGAGAGAGCAAAGCCCGUAGAAAACGACGAGGAGAGCGCAGAGCGUGACCUGCCGAGUGGAGACGUCGAGCAGCCGAGGAAGAAGAAGAAGGAAAAGAAGAAGAAAAAUAAAUCGAGGGACAGCGAUUGACGAUUGACGGGAGUCUCGCUCGUCUCUGAUAGGGUGAAGAGUUUGGCGUUCUGUGAGAGGUCACGUCAAACCAUUGUCCAAAUCAACACGGCUCCUGGACCUUACUGCCUCUAGGGAUGGGAUGGCCUUCACGAGGCAUGUCACGAAACGUCGGUUCCAUUGAUUAAACCCGGUUCUUCUGCCCACGCUGCGAACACACAUUUAGCGUGCAGUCACUAUUUAGAGGUUUGUGAAACUUACAUUCAGAUAUUUUGCUCACGUAAAAAAACUAAAAUGUAUUAAUGAGACGGGGGGGGGGGGGGGAACAAAA